AGUUUUUUUUUUUUUUUUUUUUCCCAAUCAUGGUUGCCAAUGCAAAUGUGACUGCCUUGUCUGGCGCUUCGGAUGCGCUUCCCCGCUAUUCUCAGUCGCUUGAGGAGUACGUUAUUGCCGGUGGCGACGAGCGCAUGCACCUCAGCAAGCAAGGCGUGAACAAGUACUUUGCCCAGCCAAAGCCAGUGUCAGGCCUCAUCCUGCGCAGCAGCUGCACUGGCACCAACCCAUCCGAGCACUCGUUCGCGGCCGCUCAGGCGGUCCUGACAAACUUGCAGAAUGGCACCAUCUCAUUCGACGCUCAAAUGGACUUGGUCCGAAGCCGCCUCAUUCAAUAUCUUGGCCUGCAAUCCCUGCCCGGGCUCGAUGUCAUCAUCAACCCGUCCGGCACCGACUGCGAGUACGCGCCGUUGCUCGCCGCUCUCGCCGUUCUUGGCCGCCCGCUGAGCCAGUCGGACGUCGAAAACCCGCCGAUCGUCAACAUUCUGACCGCUGGUGGCGAGGUCGGCUCCAUGUCGGCGACUGCCGCCUCGGGCGCCCAUUUCCAGCUUUUCGCUCCGAACGGCGACGCUGUCACGGUCGGCGCCCCUCUUGACGGCAUCCCCAAGGGCGCCAUUCAAGUGCACGAGGUUGUCUACCGCAACAGCCAAGGCGAGGUUGUGGACAAGGCUGCCGAGGCGCUCGCACUCGCGCGCCAGCACCUCGAGCUCGGCAAGAUUGUCGUGUUGCACUCUGUGCCCUCGUCCAAAAUGGGCCUGGUCGUCUCGGACCACCCCGACAUCCUUGCUCUGCAGCAGGAGUUUGGCACUCGCCUCAUCCGCGUCAUCGACGCCUGCCAGCUGCGCUGCCAACCCGUCGUGAUCAAGCGCUACCUCGCCGAGGGCGCCCUCGUCAUGGUGACGGGCUCCAAGUAUUUUGAGGCUCCCUCUUUCUGCGGCGCCGUCUUUGUGCCAGAGCAGGUUGCCAGCGUCAUCCGCGACAAGCUCGGCAACACUGUCGCCGUCCCCUCCGGUUUUGGUCAGUACCUGACCCGCAGCGACAUUGGCUCGUCCUUCACCGCCCUUCGCAACGCCCUCCCCGAGCGCGAGAACGUGGGUCUCUGCGUGCGCUGGGAGUUUGCUCUGUCGUGGUUGGCCGAGCUUGCCACGCUUGGCCAGGAGACAGUUGAGCGCACUAUUCGUGCUUGGGUCAGCGGCGUCCGGCUCCUGAUGCAAGAGUUUUCCGAAUCCAUCGAGCUGUUUAGCGGCGAGUCGUACGACGACGACACCCUGAUGGCCAACUGCAACACCAUCGUCGCCUUCAAGGUGCGCGCCAACGGUGCCUUCCUCACGACCGACCCGCUCAAGAACCUGUACGCCCUGCUCUGGCAAGACCUUAGCUCGCUUGCCACCACCGAUGCCGAGCGAUUGAUCUUGAGCCAGCAAUGCCAGAUUGGCCAGCCCGUCAAGAUUUGCAACGAGUUUGCCGUGCUUCGAUUUGCCCUUGGCGCUUCGACCACCGUCCGCAUGGCCAAGACUGGUGUGGAGCGCGAGCUCGAAGGCGAUCGUCGAAUUCUUGACAAGCUCGCCUGGCUUGUCGCCCAUUUCGACCAGCUCCCCAAGGCUUAAACAACAAAAAGAACAAAGCCACAAACAUAACAAAAAAAAUCUUGUUCAAAAGCUGUAUUGUUUUCAUAUCCUCGUUGUGACCUCGUUUUUUCUGUGUGACUGUUUCUUUGAUUUUAUCAUGAUUGUUUCAUGUCAUUGUUAGUAAACUAUUGAGCCCUGUA